UGUUCUAUGGGAGAAGAUCAAAAAGGCACAUGAAAAGAACAAGUGAGGAGUGCUGAGACGAGCCUGACAGUUCCGUGGCCUCGCAUUUCCGGCAUGAGUCACUGAGCAGCGGCUUACGCGUUUUUUACAAAUAUUUUGAGCAGUGUUGAUAACAAAUGGCAUUUUUUUGAAAGCAAAUCAACAUGACAUCCACGAGAAUAGCCCGAAAGAUCUUGCUAUUGGCAGCACUGAUUCAAGCUGUUCUGGCGAAGCUACACGUGUCUCAGGACAGGGAGGUUCGCGCAGACGAUGGAGACGACGCGAUUUUGCGGUGCUACUUUACCUGCCAGCACAAUGUGACUCUCGGCUCAUUCAAGUGGUACAAGGACAGAGUCGGGGGCCGUGAAGUCUCCGAGAAAAGCUUCCAUAAUCGACUCGACAGAACAGGCACGCAGACAUUUCUGAAUAAGAAGGACGCUUCAAUCACCAUACGCCGUGUUUCUUUCCAAGACGCUGGGGUCUACUUCUGUGAAGUCGAUUUAGCAGGAGUGGGAAAAGCCAACGGCAGUGGAACGGAGCUGAAAAUUAAUAAAGGCUCAGAACAACUUCAAGUUCAUCAGAAUCCUGAAGUCACUUUUAAUCUGGGGCAGAACGCUCACUUGCCCUGCCGUUUCAAUGCAAGAAAUGUUGUGCAGAUUGGCUCUUACAAAUGGUAUAAAGAUCACGUUGGAGGGACAGAAGUAUCUAAUGGAACCCAUGGCAAGGCAAUUCUAAAAACUAAUAUUGAAACAUUCAUUAAAGAUAAGAACGCUUCAAUAACCAUCCUUCAGCCUUCACACAAUGACUCAGGCUACUAUUACUGUGAGGUGGACCUGUUGGGUAUCGGAAGAGCCAAUGGAAGUGGGACUCUGCUGAGAGUAAAUGAAGGUACUUCGAAUGGCCAAAGUAACGCUGACUCAUUUACCUUUGAUAUAAACAUUCUGGCUACAAUUUUAGCAGGAUCAAGUGCAGUUAUUUUAAUUGUGAUCAUAUCAUCCAUAUGCUACUGUAAGAAAAAGCAACGAAGAGACUUGUCUGGCCCUCGUUCAUCAUCUUCAAGGUAGGAAAAGAAUUAUGAUUAUGAAUACAAUUAUUGU